UAUGUGAGUGAAUCUAAACUGCUGAGGAAGACCAUAUGUGAUUGUUAAAUUAUAUAUAUAUACACAUAUACAUAUAUAUAUUUUUUACUCCGCGCAAUGCUUAUUCUUCUACAUCCAUAGAUGCUUGAGAAGCUGUGUUUUUGUCAUUCAUGUAACACAUUUUCCUUUGGAAAAAAAGAAAGCGCCUAUUUUACUAACCAAAGACUUGGUUUUUACCCUCUUCGUUUUUAUUCCCUCCUAGAAAGAAGCCCAUUUUGGAUGAGAUUUGGGUGUUUUUUUUUAGUGUGUUUUUCUUUUCAGAGACCAGAAUUCCAAAUCAGAGCUAUUUAGGGUGAUAAGCUGCAAUCUUUGAGCUAGCUAUUAAUAAGACAUUUCAAACAAACAAAUAUUUUGGGUAGAGGUUACAAAGGCGUGAAACAUCAGGUUGUCGUGUUUUUUUAGUUUUUUUAAAUUUUUUGUUUUUUUAUUAUUGUAAGAUUCUGCUUCUAAAAAUAAUAAAUGGGGGAUUACGGGUUUGGAGUGCUAGUGCAAAGCAAUACUGGGAAUAAAUCUGCUUUUCCAGUCCGAUUCCACCCGCAUCUGCAGCCUCCACACCAUCACCAAAAUGCCACCCCCAGCCCUGCUGCUUUUAUAAAUAAUAACACAGCUGCCAAUGGCAGCAGCGCCGGCUCAGCCUGGCUCUUCCCUGCUCCGGCUGCCCACAACAUCCAGGAUGAGAUCUUGGGGUCAGAAAAAGCCAAAAGUCAGCAACAGGAGCAGCAAGACCCCCUGGAAAAGCAGCAGCUCUCCCCCAGCCCGGGUCAGGAAGCUGGAAUACUGCCUGAAACGGAGAAGGCGAAAUCGGAAGAUAAUCAAGGGGACACUUCUUCAGAAAAUGGCAAUGGGAAGGAGAAGAUCAGAAUCGAGUCACCCGUGUUGACAGGGUUUGAUUAUCAAGAAGCUGCGGGGCUCGGUGCUUCCACCCAGCCCCUGACGUCCAGCGCCUCAUCUCUGACUGGCUUCAGUAACUGGUCAGCGGCCAUCGCGCCCUCCUCCUCUACAAUCAUCAACGAAGAUGCCAGUUUCUUUCACCAGGGAGGGGUCCCCACUGCUUCGGCUAAUAACGGUGCUCUGUUGUUUCAGAAUUUCCCCCAUCAUGUCAGCCCUGGCUUCGGAGGCAGCUUCUCCCCGCAGAUCGGGCCUCUGUCCCAGCACCACCCUCAUCAUCCUCACUUCCAGCAUCAUCACAGCCAGCAUCAGCAGCAAAGGAGGUCUCCUGCCAGUCCCCACCCCCCACCUUUCACACAUAGAAAUGCUGCUUUUAACCAGCUGCCUCACUUGGCGAAUAAUCUUAACAAGCCCCCCUCUCCAUGGAGCAGCUACCAGAGCCCCUCUCCUACACCCUCUUCUUCCUGGAGCCCGGGAGGUGGUGGAUAUGGUGGCUGGGGAGGUUCCCAAGGCCGCGAUCACCGCCGAGGGCUGAACGGAGGAAUAACGCCCCUGAACUCCAUCUCGCCUUUGAAGAAAAAUUUUGCAAGCAAUCAUAUUCAGCUCCAGAAGUACGCUCGCCCCAGCUCUGCCUUUGCUCCUAAGUCCUGGAUGGAAGACAGCUUGAACAGGGCUGACAACAUUUUUCCUUUUCCGGUAAGAUUGUGUUCCACUAACAGAUAAACAUGAAUAAGGAAA